CCAACCGUCAGAGAGGAAGUUACGGUUAGUUCGUUUGCCACUAGCCGGCUAACUUGCUAAAAAAAAGUAAACAAGUCUGCGGGAUGAGAUUAAAAUUCAACCGCGGGACAGAGUAGCUUUUCAGCCAUGAAGGAAGACAAGGAAAACACUCGACCGAAGGAGAAAAAAGUGGAAAUAAAGUGUGAAGAUGGAGAAAAGAUGGAGAAGUCCAAAGAAAAGAAAGAGGCCAUGACAAAGAUUGUGAUCAGGCGAUUACCACCAAGUCUGACCAAGGAGGAGCUGGAGGAGCAGCUACAACCGCUCCCAGAACUGGACUACAUGGAGUUUUUCUCCAACGACACCAGCCUUUACCCUCACCUCUUUGCAAGGGCAUACAUCAAUUUCAAAAAUCAGGAUGAUAUAGUCCUAUUCAGAGAUCGAUUUGAUGGAUAUGUGUUCAUUGACAGCAAAGGACAGGAGUAUCCUGCCAUUGUCGAGUUUGCACCCUUUCAAAAGACUGCCAAGAAAAGAAGUAAGAAAAAGGAUGCAAAGUGUGGAACAAUUGCUGAAGAUCCUGAUUACAAGAAGUUUCUGGAAUAUUAUAAUGGAGAUGAAGAAAAGUUGACAUCAACACCUGAGACCCUGUUGGAAGAGAUUGAGGCAAAAUCAAAGGAACUUGUAGCUAAAAAAACAACUCCUCUGCUGGACUUCCUGAAGAAUAAACAGAGACUCAGGGAGGAAAAGAAAGAAGAGAGGAGGAGAAGGGAGCUUGAACGCAAGCGUCUGCGGGAUGAGGAGCGUCGUAAGUGGAGGGAGGAGGAGAGAAGGAAGCGUAAAGAAGCUGAGAAGAUGAAGAGACUUGAGAAACCGCUAGAGAAGGACAAGGACCAAGUUAAAGAAGAACCAAAAAUCAAGCUCCUGAGGAAGCCAGACAGAGGUGAUGAUGCUGAUCCUGAGAAACCCAAGGAAAAAGCCAAGAAACCAGAGAAGCCAAAUAAAGAGGAAAGGUCCUUGGGGACUGCUGAUCAUAAGAGGCGUCAGAACAUUGAAAAUAAAGAGGAUCGAGGAAGGAAAGCGGACGAUGACGGGCGGAAGGAGUUCAGGGAGCGUGACACAGAUCGAGAUAGAGAGCGCGAACGGGAACGGGAGAAGGAGCGGCGGCAGAGAGAGAAGGAGCGCAUAAGGCGUCAGGACGAAGAUCGACGGAGAAGGAGGGAGCGGCAGGAUGGAGAGAACACUUGCAGGAAGCGAGAGGAGGAGGUGAAAAAAGAAAAGGAGCGUGCCCUGGAGAAGAAAAAGGGUGAAAACACUGGAGACUCAACUCACUCUGAGAGGCCGGAGAAGCUUGCCAAAGACAACAAGAGGGAGGAUGGUGGCAAAAGAGAGCGACUACGAAAUAAGGAUCGGCCUGCUAUUCAGCUGUACCAGCCAGGGGCCAGAAGCCGCAAUCGAACCACAGGUGGAGGAGGAGGAACUGAAUCCAACUCUGCUGACAGGAAGCCAGAUACUGAGACCAAGAAACUGGCUGACAAAGGAGAUGACUGAGCAGAUUUCUACUUAUGGCAUUUUGUUUGGUAAAGAGAGGGGAGACAGGCCUGUGAGGCUCAGAGCAGUGAUGUGGUGCCUCAGGGCGACGUGCACUGCAGCUGAAGCAAGGCUACAUCUGGCUCUCCCAGUCUCAGAGGCAGAGUUGUGAUGGUGGAGCCUCUUAGUGCCUGAAUGUGACCCUCUUUUAGUUUUAUUUGUUAGGAAAGGUGACAGUAACCUUUGGAAAGAGUUUGGCAGUAGGGCACAUUAGGUGAAGCCAAAGCUUUCUUGGUUCAUGUGAACUCAAAGUGGCCUUAUUUCAGUAUUGUUUCUCUGAUGGAAAGUGUUCACACUGCAAACAUUGGCUUUUAACUUGUUCAUCCAUAUCACACUCUGUAGGUAUAAAAGAACUUCAGAGUUGUUUAACUUACCAAUAACCCAACAUGUCACCUUUGCCAAGCUAAUAAAUCUUGUUUCUACACUGUC